AUGGCACCCACAUAUUUUUAUGAUGGAGUACCUUUAGAAAAAAAAAUUAAUCCAACAGCUUCACCUAUAGAUACUGUUCUUCCAAGGAAUAAUCAUCAAUAUAAAAAUGAUUUGUUUACUACGCGAACAACUUAUUUCUUUUAUCCAAUAUCAACAACAACAAUUUCAACAAAUAAACAUUACCGUGUUAGACGACGAAAUCGAACUCGACUGAUAACAGCUGCAACAUAUCCAACUCCUCAACAUUUCGGAAUCGUUGUUAAUAUUUACGAACCAACAGAUACAAUAAAUGGUGAUAGUUUUAGUCCAUCAACAACACAAUAUCCAUGGUGGCACUCACGACCUACCACAACACAAUCAUUCUAUGAACGAUUUCCUAAAUUACCUUCAAAAGUGCAUAAACCACCACCACCAACUGUUCCAAGAAGACGACGACGACCACCACCACCACCACCACCACCACCACUACAACCACAUCUUCUCGAUCAAGUAAUAUUUAUAAACAAUUCUUCUAAAAUUAAAUAUCAUUUUAAUUUAGCUUCUACGACUUCGUCACCAUCCAAUUCGUCUCAUCCAUCAUCUUGGUUAUAUACUGUUCCAUCGUUUUCUGAAAUUAUUGAUCAAUAUCCUCGUUAUCCAACAAUUAUACGUUGGUUCGAAGAACUUUCUCGUCAUCCUAAUAUAUCUCGUUUUUUUGCAUACGAAAUUAUUGGUCGUACUCAUGAGAAUCGUUCAUUAAUUGUAGCAAAAAUUGGUCUUCUACCAUUUCGUGCCAAUCGUCGUUCAGUAUGGCUUGAUGGUGGUAUACAUGCAAGAGAAUGGAUUUCAACAGCAACUGUACUUUAUUCAAUAGCUCGAUUAAUAAAUGGUACAUUAGCGCGUGAUGCUGAUGUACGAAAAUUAAUUGAUUCAUAUGAUUUUUAUUUUAUGCCGGUUGUUAAUCCCGAUGGUUAUGCAUAUACACAUGAUGAUGUUGAUGAUAUUUAUGAUACACAAGAUCAACAACGAAUGUGGAGAAAAAAUCGACGACCACAUGCUGAUUGUCCAGGUGUAGAUUUAAAUCGAAAUUUUCCAUUUGCAUGGGAUAAUCGAGGAGCAUCAAAAUUUCCUUGUGAAGAAACAUAUCGUGGACCAUAUCCUGAAUCUGAACCAGAAGUUCGAUCAAUAACAACAUUUAUAUUAAAACGUCGACGUUAUUUUCAUACAUUUAUAAAUUUACAUGCAUUUGGUAAUCUUUGGAUGUUACCAUUUUCAUUUUCAACUCGUAUUCGUCCAUAUGAUUAUUAUCGUAAUGAACAAUUACUUAUACAAAUGAAUCGUUUAAGUAUGAAUACAUUUAAAAUUGGACAAUCAUCAACAGUACUCUAUCCAGCAACAGGUACAAGUGAAGAUUGGGCAAAAGCUAUAGCACAAAUUCCACAUACAUUCUCAGUUGAACUUCCACCAAGUUCAGAUGCAUUUGAUAUGCGUGAAGAUGAUUUAAAUGGUUUUACAUAUUAUGCUGAGAAAGAUAUUGAUAAAGUUGCUGAAUCAACUUAUAAUUUAAUUCAUUUAUAUCUUAAACAUUUAGCAAAAGUUCAAUCUCCAUCACGAAUAACAAUUUAA